GCAACAAAAUCUCAUUACUCAUAAGCACACUUUCGUUUCUACACCUAUAGCUAAAACAUGUCUGCUCCAGCAAUCCCUGAGCUCGUUCUCCGAUCCUCUUCCGGCCAACGGAUGAUGCCGGUAAUCGGACUCGGCACCGCUCCGGAAGCCGCAAGCAAGGUAAGCACGAAAGAUGCAGUGGUUGAGGCCAUCAGGCAAGGAUACAGGCAUUUUGAUGCCGCAGCAGCAUACGGAGUGGAACAAUCUGUUGGGGAAGCAAUAAAGGAAGCACUUCAACUUGGACUCUUUAAGUCCAGAGAUGAACUCUUCAUCACUUCCAAGCUCUGGGUCACUGAUAAUCACCCUCAUCUUCUUGUUCCUGCUCUCCAAAAAUCACUAAGAACAAUUCAACUGGAAUACUUAGACUUGUUUCUGAUCCACUGGCCCAUAAGUGCGAAACCUGGGAAGGUUACAUAUCCCAUUGAACAAUCAGAACUGGUUCCCUUUGACAUGAAAGGUGUGUGGGCAGCCAUGGAAGAAUGCCAGAGACUUGGCCUUACCAAAGCCAUAGGAGUUAGCAACUUCUCUAGCAAGAAGCUUCAGAACUUGCUCUCUUUUGCUACCAUUCCUCCAGCAGUCAAUCAGGUUGAGAUGAACCUUGCUUGGCAACAAAAGAAGCUCAGAGAGUUCUGCAAGGCAAAUGGGAUUGUUUUAACUGCAUUCUCUCCUCUGAGGAAAGGAGUCAGUAGAGGAAAUAACAUAGUUCUUGACAACGACGUCGUCAAAGAGAUUGCUGAUGCUUACGGCAAGACUAUUGCUCAGGUUUGUCUUAGAUGGAUAUAUGAGCAAGGAGUGAGCUUUGUGGUGAAGAGCUAUGACAAAGAGAGGAUGAAACAAAACUUGCAGAUCUUUGACUGGUCACUGACAGAAGACGAUUACAAGAAACUAAGUGAAAUCAAUCAAGAACGACUCAUCAAAGGACCAACCAAGCCUCUUCUUGAUGAUCUCUGGGACGAUGAACAGUAACUAGCUAGCUAGCUAGAAUGGAUGGCGUAAAUGUUAAAAUAAUAGUAAUAGUAAUAAUAAUAAUAAUAUGUGAGCUAUAAUUAUGUAUCUGGCUUAUCGUAACAAGGUCUUGCAAUAAUUUAGGGGGCUGGCUGCCAUGCAUUAGGUUUCUUGCUCACGUCAAAGAGAUAUGUAAUAUUUUAUAUGUGUGUGUGUGUGUUUUGAUUUGAGUACUUUGUCACGCAUCAUAUAUAGACAAUGCUAUUGAAAAUGUUGGCAGAUAUUUAAUA